AUGAUUAGAUCCAAGCUUGCCAGCUGGAGAGAAUACUUGACUCCGGUGACUCACACUUCCACUUUCCAAUCCUCGGGCCAGAUAACACCUGAGGAGUUUACCCAAGCGGGUGACUACUUGUGCCACAUGUUCCCUACCUGGGAAUGGAACAGCACGUCCAAGGACGUCAGCUACCGCGACUUCCUGCCUAAAGAGAAGCAGUUCCUGGUUACAAGAAAAGUCCCUUGUUCCGCGCGCGCUGAGCAGCUUACAACUGUUGAGGGUGCAGAGGAAGGGGAUAACGCCGACGGUUGGGUCGUGGAAGGUCAGGUUAAAACGCGCUCUACCGAAGAGCAUGCAAAUGCUGAUAUUGAGGACAUGCUGGAGGGGAUGGACUUGGAGGAGGUGGAGCAGGAUGACGACGACAUGGUGGCCAUCGCGCCAAAUGAUAGGCGCUUCUACGACCUGUACAUCACGUACUCGACAUCGUACCGCGUCCCUAAAAUUUACCUAGUCGGCUUCAACGGCGAUGGCUCGCCCCUAACCCCAGAGCAGAUGUUUGAGGAUAUCUCCCCGGACUAUAGAACAAAAACUGCUACAAUCGAGAGGCUCCCCUUUCAGCACACCCAUGUGACAUCUGUGUCUAUCCACCCUUGCAAGCAUGCGAAUGUGAUGCGGGUGCUUAUGGAACGGAUUCGCGAGGUCAAGCAGCGAAAGAACGCAUCGCUCGCAAAUACAACAAAUCCAAGCAGCGGUCGCGGCAAGGAAGGUGACGAAGACUGGGAAGACAUUCAGAAUGACGUAGAAGGCGGACUUCGAGUUGACCAAUACUUAAUCGUGUUUCUAAAAUUUGUUUCCAGUGUCACGCCUGGAAUCGAGCACGACUAUACAAUGGAGGGGUGGUGA